CCCAAACCAACACGGGGCCGGAUGAGGAUCCACUCGUUGGAGAACGUGGACAAGGCCCUGCAGUUCCUCAAGGAACAACGGGUCCACCUGGAGAACGUCGGCUCCCACGACAUCGUGGACGGCAACCACCGCCUGACCCUUGGCCUCAUCUGGACCAUCAUCCUUCGCUUCCAGAUCCAGGUGAUCAAAAUCAAGACUGAAGACAAUCGGGAGACGCGCUCGGCCAAGGACGCGCUUCUGCUCUGGUGUCAGAUGAAGACAGCGGGCUACCCCGAGGUGAACAUCCAGAACUUCACCACCAGUUGGAGGGAUGGGUUGGCCUUCAACGCCCUCAUCCACAAGCACAGGCCGGAUCUCAUCGACUUCCACAAGUUGACCAAGUCCAACGCCACCUACAACCUUCAACAAGCCUUCAACACGGCCGAGCAGCACCUGGGGCUCAGCAAACUGCUGGACCCUGAGGAUGUCAACAUGGAGGACCCUGAUGAGAAGUCCAUCAUCACCUACGUGGUGUCCUUCUACCACUACUUCUCCAAGAUGAAGGCGUUGGCUGUGGAGGGGAAGCGCAUCGGAAAGGUUCUGGAUCAAGCCAUGGAGAUCGAGACCAUCAUCGAGCGGUACGAAGCGUUGGCCACCGAGCUCCUGGCCUGGAUCCAACACACCAUCACCAUCAUCACCAACCAGAAGUUCGCCAACUCCUUGACCGGGGUGCAACAGCAGCUCCAGGCCUUCACCGCCUUCUGCACCUUGGAGAAGCCCGUCAAGUUCCAGGAGAAGGGGAACCUGGAGGUUCUUCUCUUCACCAUCCAGAGCAAACUCCGGGCCAACAACCGCAAACUCUACGUCCCCAACGAGGGCAAGAGCAUCUCGGACAUCAACAAGGCGUGGACCUGCCUGGAGAAGGCCGAACACGAGCGGGAGGUGUCGUUACGCAACGAGUUGAUCCGGCAGGAGAAGUUGGAGCUUCUGGCCCAACGUUUUGACCAUAAAGUCAUCAUGAGGGAGACGUGGCUGAAUGAGAACCAACGGCUGGUCUCACAGGACAACUUUGGCUACGACUUGCCAGCGGUGGAAGCCGCCAUGAAGAAACACGAGGCCAUCGAGGCCGAUAUCUCCUCCUACCAAGAACGGAUCCAGGUGGUGGUGGAGUUGGCCUUGGAGAUGGAAUCUGAGGGCUACUACUACACCAAACGCAUCAGCGCCCAGAAGGACAACAUCCUCCGGCAGUGGGGGCUGCUGACCGAGCUCCUCCGCGCCCGCCGCGCCCGCCUGGAGCAGAACCUGGCCCUGCAGAAGAUCUUCCAGGAGAUGGUCUACAUGAUUGACUGGAUGGAGGAGAUGCAGGUGUUGUUGGUCUCCAAAGAUUUGGGGAAGCAUCUUCUGGAGGUUGAGGACCUGCUGCAGAAACAUGGACUUCUGGAGGCCGACAUCUCCGCCCAGACCGAGCGCGUGCAGGCCCUCAACGCCGCCGCCCUCAAGUUCUCAGAGCUGGAGGGUUAUCAACCCUGUGACCCUCAAAUCAUCUGCAACCGGGUCAACCACGUCCAAACGUGUCUGGAGGAACUGGGAGAACUGGCGGCCAAGAGACGCAAAGAGUUGGAGGAAUCUCGGCAGCUUUGGGCCUUCUUCCAGGAGAUGGAGGAGGCCGAGGGGUGGAUCCGUGAGAAGGAGAAGAUCUUGGCCUCCAAGACGUGCGGUCGGGACUUGAGCAGCGUCUUGACGUUGACCAACAAACACAAGAGCAUGUUGGGUGAACUGGGCAACCGACGGGCCUUGUUGCACCAAACCAUGAAGAAAGGUGAGCAGAUCUUGGCCAAGAAACGUUUCAACCCCGGUGGGAUCCAAGAGAAGAUGCGGGAGGUCCGGCUGCGUUGGAAGAAGCUGGAGGAGGUGACGGGGUUACACCAACAACGGUUGCAGGAGGCCCUCAACUUCUUCCAAUUCAGCUCCGAGACGGAUGACUUGGUGGCCUGGUUGCAGGACAUCUACCGCAUCGUCUCCAGCGAUGACUUUGGCCAUGAUGAUUACUCCACCCAAAGUCUUCUACGGAAGCAUCGGGCGGUGGUGGAAGAGGUGGAGAAGCACCGGGCGACCGUCUUGGCUCUUCGGAAGCAAUUGGCUCUUCUCUCACCAGAACAUCGUCAAGGAGUUGAUGUCCAGAUCAGGGUGGUGGAGGUGGAGCAGCUCUACGGGGAGGUGGUGGAGGUGGCCGUGCUGAGGCAGCAGUGGCUGCAGGACGCCUUGGCCGUCUACCGUAUGUUCAGCGAGGUCCACGCCUGCGAGGUCUGGGUGGAUGAGAAGGAGCAGUGGUUGGAGAAGAUGGAGGUGCCGGAAGAGUUGGAUGAAGUUGAGGUGGUUCAACACAG